AUGAAAUCCGUAAACAUCACCUCAAAUUUGAAAAUUCGUUCAAUCAUUUUUGAUCAGCUGAAAUGAAGGUUUUAGCUCUUAUUUGUAUUGUUGUGAUUGGCUGUGUUAACGCCAUCAGUGACGAAGAAGUUUUACAAAAAUGGGAAAAUUACCAGGUGGAAUUCGGCAAAUCCUACAGAUCACCAAUUGAAGCCCGUAAACGUUUGGCAGUAUUCAAAGACAACUUGGAAAAAAUUGAAGCACACAAUGCCCUUUACGAACAAGGAAAAUCUACUCAUACUGAGGGCAUCAACCAAUUCACUGAUUGGACUCAAGAAGAAUUCAUGCAAUACGUGAACAAAGGUUUGCUCAACAAACCAGUCAUUGUUGGCGACAUCUUCAAUGCAAGCAAAAGCUUCUCCAACGUUGGAGCAGUCGACUGGAGAACAGCUGGAGUUGUUACUCCUGUUAAGAAUCAAGGACAGUGUGGAUCAUGCUGGUCUUUUAGUGCUACUGGUGCCAUUGAAGGUCAACUCGGCAGAAAAGGUAAACUGAUAUCCCUAAGCGAACAAAAUCUUAUCGAUUGCUCAGCUGUCUAUGGUAAUAACGGUUGUAAUGGAGGUCUAAUGACAGCUGCCUUUGAUUUCGUCCGAGAAAAUGGAAUUGAAAGUGAGCAAAAUUAUCCUUAUAGAGCAAUAGACGAAUACUGCCAAGCAAAUCCUUCAAGAACCGUCACUAAACUCUCUAGCUAUGUGAACAUUCCGUCUGGAAGUGUUUCAUCACUCAAGCAGGCAAUAGCUAACAAGGGUCCAAUAGCUGUUGCCAUUGACGCCACACUAACGCUACAGAGAUACAGCAGUGGUAUACUCAAUGACAACUCUUGUAGCAGCCGGUCUUUGAACCACGGUGUUCUUGCUGUUGGUUAUGGAAGUUCUAAUGGACAAUCUUAUUUUAUUGUUAAGAAUUCAUGGGGCUCCACUUGGGGAGAAGCUGGUUACUUCAGGUUGUCGAUGAGCAGAAAUAAUCCAUGUGGAAUUGCUACUAUGGCUUCUUACCCAGUAUUGUAGAUUAUUUUGUGAUAAUUGUUAUUAUAUAUUGAUGGUUAAUAUAUGGCUUAAUUGAUAUAUUCUCAC